AUGAUUUAUAAAGUCAUAGUGAAAGUAUUGGUGAUUACUUUCUCGUUAUCAGUUGGAACUGGGCAAAAAAUAAGACCAUUUAACUUUCCUAAAACGGUGACUUUAGGAGAAAGAGUUACCACGACUUGUGCCACAAAUAGUGGCGAUGAUUUAGUGUAUAAAUGGUAUAAAGACGGUAAAGAAAUUGAUGCAAAUAAAAGAAUUCAAAUAUUAAAUUAUGCGGGAGCAUCUAUGCUGGUUAUCGAAACGGCUGAAAUAAACGAUAAUGGUAAUUAUACAUGCACUGUAAAUUUACCGUCAGCAUCCGAUAGUUACAGCGCUGUACUUAAAGUGUUAGUUCCAGCUCAAUGGAUUAAACAACCAUCUGACCAAGAUAUUGCUAGUGGAGACACAGUUUCAUUUUUAUGCCAAGCUUCGGGUGUACCGCCUCCGAAUAUCAUUUGGAAAAAAGUUUCCCAUUUAAAUCAGAAUAGCCUUGAGACAAUUAUGACUGCUGAUAAUAUUGUUGUCUCAACUAACGGUUCGUUGAUCAUCACUGAUAUAAGAAAAACGCAAGAAGGAUUAUAUAGAUGCGAAGUAUAUAAUGGCGUCGGGGAAGUAUUGAGUAAAGAUAUUUCGAUACGCGUGAUAGAGUUGUACGGAUGA